AUGGGGGACCCCAAGGACCUCGGGGCCGAGGCCCCGCCGGCCGGGGCCGCCGCUCGAGGGGGGCUCAGCCUCGUGCCCCAGGCGGAGGCCGAGGAGGCUGCUGCCCAGGGAUCAGCUUUAUUUCUUGGAGGCAAUGAGGUGAAGAGCCGAGCCGUGGUGAAAUACUCUUCUGCCCCUCCCCGAGCAGCAUUUGCACGCCUGGAAGAGAAAACAGACUUGAAACUCCCACCUGCCAACUGGCUGCGAGAGAGUGCCAAGCUCGGGCCCGCAGGAACUACCAUUCUUGGUAACAGUAAGAAAAGCAAGCCAUUUUCAAGCUUUGGUAUGGCGUAUGACUUUAUUGAUUCGGUGGGAAAUGAUGUGGAUGUUGUCUCUGACUCUGAAAACAUAAAAAAACUCCUGAAGAUCCCUUACAGCAAGUCCCACGUUAGCAUGGCAGUGCACCGUAUUGGAAGGACUCUCUUACUGGAUGAGCUAGACAUUCAAGAGCUCUUCAUGAGGUCGUCUCAGACUGGUGAUUGGACGUGGCUGAAAGAGUUUUAUCAAAGACUUAUUGAUCAGAAGUGGCAGAGGAAGAAAAAGAGCAAAGAGCACUGGUAUCAGAAGGCUAUUCUUUCCAAGUUUUUAUAUUACAGUAUCAAUGGUGAUGGAGCCGCUCAGCCUGUCCCCUCUGCUGCCGAACAGCAGGAACCGUCCAGUUCAGAUCAGGCAAAUGAGUCCGACGGUGCUUCGUGGCCUGCCCCCUUUGAAAUGCCAGCUUCGGUGUCAGAAGAUCCCAGCACUUCCAGCCAGGGAAGUGAGCCUCUUGAGCCCUCAUACAUAGUGGGGCAUGUGGCCUCAGCACCCAAAGAACAAAACCUGACUACUUUAUUCAAUGACGGGGAGAACAGUCAGGGUCUUAAAAAUGACUUUGUUCGUAACAUUUUGUGGACAUUUGAAGACAUACAUAUGCUAGUUGGCUCCAAUAUGCCUAUAUUUGGAGGAGGCAGAUACCCAGCUGUCAGCUUGCGUCUCAGGGACAACAACAAACCAAUUAAUGUGUUAACUGGAAUUGACUAUUGGUUGGACAACUUGAUCUGCAAUGUGCCUGAGCUGGUGAUGUGCUUUCAUGUAAAUGGAAUUGUACAGAAGUAUGAGAUGAUAAAGACAGAAGAGAUUCCCAAUUUGGAAAAUUCUAAUUUUUCUACUAAAGUCAUAAAAGACAUUGCACAGAACAUUUUAUCAUUUCUGAAAUCCAAUUGCACCAAAGAAGGCCAUACCUACUGGCUUUUUAAAGCAAGUGGCAGCGAUAUAGUGAAGCUCUAUGACCUCACCACUCUUUGUGAGGAGACUGAAGACAAGUACCAGAACCCGUUCACAAUGCCAGUGGCCAUCCUCUUGUAUAAGGUUGCUUGCAACAUGAUGAUGAAGAAGAACCAAAAUAAGAAACACUAUGGGACUAUUAGAACGUUGCUGCUUAAUUGUGUUAAACUGUUGGACAAAAGCAGACAUCCUCAAAUUAUUGCUUCAGCCAAUUACAUGCUUUCAGAACUUUUUCAGUUGGAUGAACCUAAAAAAGAAGAAAGUUCAGAAUCUCCUUUAAAUGAGAAUUCUGAUGAAAGUUACAGUGAAGAGGAAGAAGAGAUGCCUGACAGCGAUGAAAAUGGGUCCUACAGCCCCAGUUCUGAUCCAUCAGAUGAUAACAAAGCAGUAGCUAUAAUUAAGUCUGUUGGAGAAUUGUCAGUUCCAGAAAAAUACAAAUCCAUUCAUCAAAUCAGACCGAGCUGCGCCUUUCCUGCGUGCCAUGACACCGAAGAGCGCUGCAGGCUUGUGCUGAGCUAUGUGCUGGAGGGUUUAAAAUCUGUGGAUAGCAGCAUUAAAAAAGAAAGCGACCUUCCUGCAGCUGACCCCAGCACUCCAAUCCCCUUAAAAUACGAAGAUGAAUCCGCAAGGGGGGGUCCUGAGGGUUUGGAGAAGCAGAUGGCCUUGUUUUUGGACAAAAUGGGCUCACUUCAGAAGGGUAAUUAUUCCAGUCAGUCGGGAAUGAUCCCUGGUUCUUGGCAGCAUAAAAUGAAGCUCCAGCUGAUUCUCAAGUCGUCAAAGGCUUAUUACGUUCUGUCGGAUGCCGCCAUGAGUCUGCAGAAGUAUGGGCGGGCGCUGCGGUACAUCAAGUUGGCUUUGCAGAGCCACGACACGUACUGCUGCCUCUGCACUAAUAUGCUGUCCGAAGUGCUGCUGUUCCUGUCUCAGUACCUGACACUGUGCGGUGACAUCCAGCUGAUGCUGGCCCAGAAUGCCAGUAACCGUGCGGCACACCUGGAAGAGUUUAAUUAUCAGACGAAGGAAGACCAAGAGAUCCUGCACAGCCUCCACAGAGAGUCCAGCUGUCAAGGUUUUGCCUGGGCUACUGAUUUGUCUACUGAUCUAGAAAGCCAGCUUUCAGUUAGCUGCAAAUGUUAUGAGGCUGCUAAUGAAAUCUUGCAAUUUAGUGACUUAAAAAGUCAGAAUCCGGAGCACUACAUACAAGUGUUAAAGAGGAUGGGUAACAUUAGAAAUGAAAUCGGUGUGUUUUAUAUGAACCAGGCUGCUGCAUUGCAGAGCGAGAGAGUCGUGAGCAAAAGUGUGUCUGCUGCAGAGCAACAGUUGUGGAAAAAAAGCUUUUCUUGCUUUGAAAAGGGAAUUCACAACUUUGAGUCAAUUGAUGAUGCUACAAAUGCUGCCCUUUUGUUAUGCAACACGGGAAGACUCAUGCGAAUCUGUGCCCAGGCACACUGCGGAGCCGGGGCCGAGUUCAAGCGGGAGUUUUCCCCGGAAGAAGGCUUGUAUUACAACAAGGCUGUUGAUUACUAUUUGAAAGCGCUGAGGUCAUUGGGGACACGUGACAUACACCCAGUGGUUUGGGACUCGGUGAAUUGGGAAUUGUCCACCACCUACUUCACUAUGGCUACGCUGCAGCAGGAUUAUGCUCCAUUAUCUAGAAAAGCUCAGGAACAGAUUGAGAAGGAAGUCAGCGAGGCCAUGAUGAAGUCCCUGAAGCACUGUGAUGUGGACGCGGUGUCUGCACGGCAGCCCCUUUGCCAGUACCGAGCUGCCACCAUCCACCACCGGCUGGCCUCCAUGUACCACAGCUGCCUGAGGAACCAGGUUGGUGAUGAACAUCUUAGGAAGCAGCACCGUGUGCUGGCAGAUCUUCAUUACAGCAAAGCUGUGAAGCUUUUUCAGCUUCUGAAAGAUGCUCCGUGCGAACUGCUUAGAGUACAGUUAGAGAGAGUAGCAUUUGCCGAGUUCCAGAUGACCAGUCAGAAUAGCAAUGUUGGAAAAUUAAAGACACUGUCUGGGGCUCUUGACAUAAUGGUGAGAACCAAGCAUGCAUUCCAGCUCCUCCGGAAGGAGCUUGUAGAAGAAUUUGACCAGCGUGAAAGUGAGGAGACCUCUCCAGCUGCUGAGUCUUCUCCGAGUCUUAAUCGAGAAGAAGUAAUAAAACUCCUCAGUAUAUUUGAAUCUCGGUUGUCAUUCCUUCUCCUUCAGUCCAUCAAACUGCUGUCUGCAGCUAAAAAGAAAACCAGUAGCAACAUCGAAGAGGAUGUAGUCCUCAAAACCAACAAGCAAAUUUACUCCCAGCUUUUGCGAGCGACGGCUAACAGAAACACAACUCUGCCGGAGAGGAUCGACGUCCUGGUGCGUUUGCUGGACCUGCUGGCUCCCGGCGCCGCUGGGCAGUGAUGGCCAUGCCGCACGCAGGGAUGCUGUCAGUGCCUUCUGCACUCGGGGCUGCUUUGUCCAUCGGUGCUUCGUGUCAUUAAACAUGAGAGGCGUGUCCACUACGCGGGCGCAGCAGUGGAAGCAGAGUCCCAUUUCCUGUGCUGCCAGGGAGGCGAUCUUUGGCCUCUUACUUGAAGUGCUAAAAUCAGAGCCAACCUAAGCUCCCAGCGUUGGUGUCUCUCGAGGCAUACGGUGCCCAGUGUUCUAGACCUGCGGGGACGCAGUUACACUCACGUAUUUUUUAAGUACGGUAAGCUCCUUGGGCUUAAGAUACGACUAUUUUGUAUAAAUGUUACUUUGGUCAAGGGAACUUCUAUCCACAUGAUUUAUUGGUUCACGUGGGUUCAAGAAACGUCCCGUACAUCAACAUUGUUCCUUCUGAAUCGCACAAAGAGGUCUCUGUCCUUUAAGCUUCGGGGCGUGAGCCCCUGGGGCAGCCUGUGUGUUCGUGGGUGCACAAGGGCCACCCUCUGACAUUGUAUGGCAAUUGAUCAGGAAUAGGUACUUCCCCCCCCCCCUUUUUCAUUUUAAACUUGAAACUGUGAAUAAGGUAA